AUGAGCAAGGAUAGCAGCGACCUCUGGGCGGCCGCGCUAAAGACACUAAAUGAAGGGGAUAGAAAUUUGGUUACUUUCGAUGGCCAACACAAAUUGGAGGUCCUGUCCGACCUGGGGCAACUUGUCAUCAGUGCGAGGGAGAAAUCCAUCGAGAAACGGUGGCGAUUUCAUCGACCCGGUGAUGGCCAGACUGUUAUUCUUCGAGAUCUCUUCACCAAGAUUGUUGUCUGGAUUGAUCGUUUCAAAGAAAUCGGAGAUAUCGUGAUUCAGUAUGAUCCUGUACACGCUGCACUGCCGUGGGCUGGUAUACGCUUUUUGUUACAGCUUGCCGUAAGCGAUAUCACCAACUUUGCCUUCAUUGUGGAAGGCGCCGAAACAAUGGCUCGAAGUAUCUCGCGCUAUGCUACGUUCGAGCAAAUAUACCUGCCGUAUAAUAGCACAGCUUCUCGCGCCAUGAAAAGGCUCAAAGAUGCGCUCGUAAGGCUGUAUGCUGCUAUCUUGAUCUAUCUUGCCAAAGCAAAAAGAUACUUUGAGGAGCAUACGCCAAAACGCAUGUUCAAAGCCGCGCUCACGUCUCAAAGUGAUUUUGAGGAAUUACUUCGCAACAUUGAUAAGCAUACAGCGAAUGUGGACCAUGAGGCAAGUUUAGUAGAUGCAGAGCGCAGCAGCGACAUUAGUAACACGCUUGUGUCGUUGUCAAUCGACCACCAGGAAAUGCAUGCGAAGCUUCGGGAGCUUCUGCAGUCCAUCGACAGUCCGAUUCGCCGAAUGAGUCCCCAGCUCGACAGUCUCCAAGAUCAUUUAAAGCACACAGAGCGUGUGGAGAUAUUACGCUGGUUAUCGUCUCAGCCUUACUUGGAGCAUCACCAGCAGAUCAAGAAACAAGCUCUUCCAGGAUCAGGUCAAUGGCUGCUGCAGGACCCACAGUACAUUAAAUGGUAUGAGCAAAGCGCUUCGUCUUUGCUCUGGCUUCACGGAAAGCAAGGCUCCGGCAAGAGUACCCUAGUUUCGCUUGUCGUCGAGGACAUGAUAAAGAGGUUUGAAGCCAGCCAGAGCGCUCUCCCCGUCUAUUUCUACUGCACUCGGAGCGCGGCCGAGCCCGAACGCUCAAAACCGGACACGGUUCUUGCCAGUAUCCUUAGGCAGCUAUCAUGUGUCCCGCCCGAUGCACCCCUUCUUAGUCCGGUGAUCGAGAAGUACAAAAGACAAGGCGAAGGAUUCAAGUCCAACGGUCUCGGACUAGAUGACAGCCGGGAUCUGAUCAUCAGGCUGAUCGAGGACCACAGUAUGACCAUGACCAUAAUUGUUGUGGAUGCUCUUGACGAAUGCGACGCCGAAAUGCGGCAAAGCCUUCUUGAUGCAUUUGAACAUAUCCUGAAGGAGUCAGUAGGCUUAGUCAAGAUUUUUGUCUCCAGCCGUGAUGAUCAGGAUAUCGUCUGCACUCUCCGGCGCUAUCCAAAUCUGGAUAUCUCUUCUGACAAAAACACAGCUGACAUCGAAGCUUAUGUCAAGACAGAGGCACAGAAACUUGUGAACAAGGGACAGCUCUUACGCAACAGUCGAGCGAAAGAAGAAAUGACAGCGUUGAUUAUUGACCAAGUUUGCAAGGGCGCUGACGGCAUGUUCCGAUGGGCAAGCCUCCAACUCGGCGUCCUCCGACCGCUGAUACGUGAUGAAGAUAUCCGGGCACAAUUGGGAAGGCUUCCCCCAAAAUUGGAGCAGCUGUACGUCGAGGCCUACAACAACUUGAUCUCGCGCCCAGGCGAAGUUUGUCGGUCAAUCAUCGACAACGCCCUGAAAUGGCUACUUUGCGCCCGAGAGGAGAUGCAUGCUUCAGAAUUUCUGGUGGCGGUGGCAGCGAACCUGAAGACCUUUGAAGGAGACAUUUCCGUGGACAGUCUUCUCGAACUCUGCAAUAACUUUGUCGUAUAUGACGAAGGUCUGGACAUAUUUCGCUUCGCCCAUCUCUCUGUUCGUGAAUUUCUUGAAAAAAUGCCGGCAUUCGCGGAAGUCUCGUGUUACACUCUCGCCGCCGAGUGCUGCCUGCUGCAAAUGGUUGCGUAUUCAAAUUGCCCAGUCGCAGAGCAAUUGAUGAGCGAUCUACACUGUAUCCGUCUCCGUGGGAGUUCAGGUAAUACAGAAUCGUCAUCGUGUGCGGAAUUUCUUAGGUACGCCAACACCUUCUGGACCGAAUACUGUCAACAAAUUCCACAGCGCAACAGGUCGGACGACACUCAGUUCGGGCGGAUCUUCCGUUUUUUCCUCUCAGACAAGCUAGGAUCUGGCUCGCCGCUAAACGCUUGGGUACAAUGGCACUGUAACCGCAUGAUACCUGGGUGGAAAGCCGAAGCACCACUCAAGGCUCCAAGAAUCUCUUACCUGCUGUUCCGAUUCUCUCUCUAA